ACCUGCCAAGCUGCAUCUACACAACGACGGUGAGCGAGUAUUAAAGAAAGUAAUCGUUAGUCCAGGUUACAGGCAGCCUCUCUUUACCGAGAGAAUGCACUAUAUAAAGCAACUCAAUACACUUGUCAGUCGAUAGUUUUAGCUGUACCUUGGACUUACACUCACCAGCCGUACAAUGGAAAUACCGAAAUUAAUAACAUUACUAUGCUGCGCUAGCAUUUGCCUCGCAUCACAUUACACCCACACGAUACCAGUAGAAGGUUAUGAAACUGAGUUGCAGGAUCUUGGUCAACAUGUGGAAGUACCCGAAACUCCAGUUAAAGUAAUAAAAAUAACUAAAACAAUUGCAGUGAAAAUUCCUGUACCGUACCCGGUAAAGGUAGUGGAAAAGGUGCCUUAUCCUGUUCAUGUCAACAAACCAUAUCCUGUACCAGUACCUCACAUUGUUAAAGUUCCCGUAGCGCACAAUCCUAGCCACGGUCAGGAAGCUCUCGACGUCGGACAUGGAAGCCAGUUCCAAAAUCGUCAACACGACGGUAACUCAUAUCAAGUGCAAGAAUCUCCUCAUGAUAUCUCAACAGCCGGGGAACCGCACGAUGGUUCUAACUCUUAUGACGAAGGAAAUCACGAAAACAGCUAUGGAGCCAAUGGUGAGGAAAAUAAUCAGGGCGGUAGCUAUUAUGCACACCCCUCGCAAGACAUUCACGGAUUUUCUGGCGACCAAGAUGGCCAUAAUUCUUAUCAAUCGAAUAGUUACGAUCAAGCUAUCCAGAACUAUUUAAGCAAUUUGAAACCAAAUGAAAACAUUGGUAGUUCAAGUGGUUAUCAUUAGCAUUUAUAUUGUUUUAACAUAUAGUUUACUAUAAGGUACCUGACUGUCAUGAAGAAAGAGUUUCAACAUUAUACGAAUAUUACAAAAAGGUGUAUUAGAUAAACAUUACGUACAUAUAAUUCAAAGGUGCAUUAAUUGGUGCCAGGUAGAAAAUGCCAAACGUGUCAUUGUAAAUAGUAGCGUGAUAACUUUCACAUAAACAGGGAGGACUUUAGAAAACAUCUUAAAAACAGGUUUAUGUUAUCUGAAGGAUUUUAUGCAUUUUAGAUAAAAUUAUGCUCUUGAUGUUUAAAAUUAAAUAAAUGAAAGGUAACUGUUGGUGAUUCAACUGUUACGAACUCUAUUUCGAAAUCGUUACUAGAUGUGUAUGUUAUAUGUAAUAUUGUUAAUUUUGAAAUAAAUUAUUAACACAUUUUCUA